UUUAUCGAUUACAAAAUAUCGAUAUUUUGUCGUUGGGUAUCGUUCACAGCAUCGCUGACUAGACGACUCUACUCUGUCAUUUUGUUUUGACAGCUUGAGGCAAAAUGUCGGCCCAUAAGACAUUUAUUAUUAAGCGAAAACUAGCUAAGAAGCUCAAACAAAACAGACCUAUUCCCCAAUGGGUUAGAAUGCGCACUGGGAACACUAUUCGGUACAAUGCUAAGAGGCGUCACUGGAGGAGGACAAAACUCAAGCUUUAAGCUUCUUUCUAUGUCCGUUAUCUAAUAAUUAAAUUUCCUCCCAAAACUACAAAUUAUUUCA